UAAAAUACAAAUAAAUUAAAUAAAUUAAAUAAAAGAAGAAAUAUAGUUCAAUUGAAUUCCUCCAGAUGGCUCAGACGUUAACAUUUUUGUCACAAGUGAAAUGAUCCUUGCAGGAGUUAAAAGAGAUAAAUAUCAAAAAUUGUAUAUGAUUCUUCUUUAAGGAAAAUUGGGAAAUGAUGAUCAGGUUAUUCUCAUUUUUAUAUGAGAAGCCUGCAUUCCUUCAUACUUGUUACGCUUUAUGCAGGUUAAACCUCUCUGAUCCCAUUUUACUCUAAAAUAAAACUGCAUUAUAUCUGAAUUUAUUAAAUAAAUAAGUACUUUUAAAAAGUAAAAAUAAUUCAAUUACACUAAAUUAAUUACUAGGAAAUUUUCCUAUUUUUUUGGCAUGUUUAAAUAAAAGUAAUAACAUGUUGUGAUUGAAUUAAACAUGAGUGUUAAUAAUUUAAGUACAUGAUAUUUUGCCACAAAACUAAGAUAUAUAUUAGUUGAGAAAAAAUAUUAAAAUAAAAAUUACAAUGUUGAAAAAUAGUUUAAACUUAAUAAUGCAUUUAUUUAUUUAUUUAGAAUAUUUUCUUAUAUUUUUUGACAUGUUUAAAUAAAAGCAACAACAUGUUGUGGUCGAAUUAAACGAACAUGGUGAGAGAAUGACAGGUGUCCACGAAUUGAAGUAAAGGAGGGAAGGGAGUGGAACGACGCGCGGUUCGGCGCUCGGUUUAAUAUAAUUCAGUGAAGAAAUAUGAUGAAGUACAACAUAUUCCGUAUUACAAAUGUUCUGUUUAUGCAAAAACGGUUCUUUAAAAAAAUACAAGUAAGAGUUAGAUUUGCACCUAGUCCAACUGGUUUGUUACAUGUAGGAGGUUUACGAACUGCAUUAUAUAAUUAUUUAUUUGCCCGUGCUAAUAAUGGUGCAUUUAUUUUAAGAAUUGAAGAUACUGAUCAAUCUAGAUGCAUACCUGAUGCAAUAGAAAAAAUCCAAUGUGAUUUACUAUGGUCUGGAAUCAUACCUGAUGAGGAUCCAAUAAGAGGUGGACCUGCUGGGCCUUACAUACAAUCAAAACGUCUUGAAAUAUACAAAGACCAAGUGCUUAAACUUAUAAAUAAUCAAUCUGCAUAUUACUGUUUCUGCACAGAAAACAGAUUGCAAUUAUUGCGAAGAGAAGCAAUAAAACGAGGAGAAGUGCCUAAGUAUGAUAAUAGAUGUAGACAUAUAAGCAACGAUGAAGUAAAAGCAAAACUUGAUAAGGGAUCCCCUUUUUGUAUUAGAUUUAAGUUAUCUGCUGGAAUAGAAAGCUUUGAUGAUUUAAUAUAUGGUAAAAUAGAACAUGAUAUUGCACAAAGGGAAGGAGACCCAAUUAUUAUCAAAACAGAUGGUUAUCCAACUUACCAUUUUGCAAAUGUCGUUGAUGAUCAUCUUAUGGAAAUAUCUCAUGUAUUAAGAGGAAUUGAGUGGCAAGUAUCCACACCUAAACAUAUAAUGAUGUAUAAAGCUUUUAAUUGGACUCCACCUUUAUAUGGACAUUUACCCUUGGUAUUAAACUUUGAUGGAUCAAAAUUAUCAAAAAGGCAAAGUGAUAUAAGUAUAGAAUCCUUUAGAAAAGAGGGAAUUUUUCCAUUAGCAGUUUUAAACUACGUUACACAUGCUGGUGGUGGUUUUGAUAAUAAAGGAGGUGCUCUUUACAUUGAUAGUUAUGAAGAAUUAAUCAAACGAUUCAAUAUUUCUAAAAUAAAAGUAAGUUCUAAUAAACUUUCACCUCCAAAACUAUUAGAAUUCAAUAGGAUAGAAAUAGCAAAAUUAUUAGCAAAUGAAAAAAAUAAUGCAUUUUUAAUUGAAAGAAUAAAAACGUUAGUCACAGAAGCAUUCCCAAAUAGACAAACUGAUGGAAAUUUACAAUUAGACGACAAUCAUAUUAUUUCUGUAUUAAAAUGGGCACAGCAUAGAAUAUCAAAAUUAAGUGAUCUAGUAUCUCCAAAGUUGGCCUUUUUAUGGCAUAUACCAACUACAUCAUUUGAUGACACUCUAUUGGGAUGUAAAUUAGAUGCGCUUAAAAUAAUAAGUAUGAAAUUGAUUGAAACUGAAAUUCAAAAUUUUAAUAAAGAAUGGAUAAAUAAAUACCUAAGAGAAUUUGCUAAUGAACAUGAAAUUUCAUAUCCAACAUUGAUGAAAGCUUUACGUUUUGUACUUAGUGGUUUAAAGGAGGGUCCACCAGUUUCUGAAAUGAUGGAAAUUUUGGGGAAAGAUUCUACAGUGUUAAGAAUAAAACGCUAUAUUUCCUAAAAAUAAAAAUGUGGUCACAUAUAUUUGUAAAUUUAUAAUUAACAAUACAUUUUGAAAUUAAUACUUUUUAUUAUUCGUAGAAUAAAAAUAAUUUUGAAUAGAAUACAAAUUUUAUAUAUCUAGUCAAUUUUGUUAUUUAGGUUUAUGUUUGUAUUUUAUACGCUUUUAAAUAUAUUAAAAUCAUUUAAUUUUGUAUGUAAUGGGUCACAUAAAAAGCUAUUUCUUUAGCUGUUCGACAUAUAAAUAUUUUUAGUUUUAUGUUAUCUAUAACUUACAAAUAAUGCAUAUUAAGAUACAGAAACAUAUAUAUGGAAAUAAACGAAAUUUAUAUAAUGUCAUAUUAUAUGAUUACAUUUUCUUUGUAUAAGAAUAUCUAUUUUUAAAUAAUACAUUAAAUAUGUUGAUAUUAGUAAUCUUAUAUAAGACUUUCUAAAACUCAAGAGAUUUAUAGUAUUAUAAGACUAAAUUAUAUGAAACCUAUCUGAUAAUGAUAUGAAACCUGAAUAUAAAAUUUAAAAGUUAUGUAAUUUGAACUUUGGAUGAAAUUAUUUACAAUUUUAUUAUUUACAGUUGUUACAUUUCAAUUCCCUGGGAUAAUUGGGAUUGAUUUUGUACCUUUAAAUAAAUGUUCAAUUUUCUAAUACAAUCGAAAUUAUACGUGAUAAAAUGUAUUACCUAAUUACAUACCUAAUUACUUUACUAUUACCUACUUACUAGCUUUUUAAAAUAUAACAUAAAUAUAACAUGGAAUAUAAAUAAAAGGAUUUUUACUAUAAUAGAUAUUGAAACUUAUAAUGGCAGUUUAAAAACAUAAACUGCAAUAUUUUUUAAAUGCAUCGAAUUAAUGUGAAAAAAUAUUUGCUAAUAUUUUUCCAUGAUAAUUGAAUUUAUAUACACAAUGUGCGUUGAAAUAUUCCGAGACAAUAAGAAAUCUAUUAAAUAUAAAAUUACUUACAUA